UAAUUACCUGUUUGCUUUACUUUACCUUCCAUUACCCCAUAAUAUGUAGUUUGAAAUGUAGUUGUGUACGGGGAAGAUACUCUUUUUAGAAUAAAUUGGGGAGGAUCCAGUGAAAAUUAACUAGUUAAUAUUCUCCAAGUCCUAGUAUAUAAAUAGGGGGAUUUUUCACUGUAUUAAUAGUUUCAUUAUGGUAAAUUAGGCAGAAGUACUAAAACGAAAUAAUCGGUUAAUUUAAAAUAAAGAUGUCAGAUACUGUAGGUGAAAUUCCACAUGUAAAAUUAGGUGACUCGGGGUUAUCAGUCUCUAGAGUAAUUGCAGGUUGUAUGUCAUAUGGUGACAAAAAAUGGUCUCAAUGGGUGCUUGAAGAUGAAGAGAAGAUUAUGAAAAUUUUAAAGAAAUGUUAUGAUGUUGGUAUUAGAACUUACGAUACAGCAGAUAUCUAUUCUAAUGGUAAAUCAGAAAUUUUAUUGGGUAAGUUCCUUAAAAAGUAUAAUAUCAAAAGAGAUAGGGUUGUUAUUUUAACAAAGUUAUUUAAUCCUGUUGAUGAUACAAACUAUGGAUUCAGACUUCAAACCUCUGGCUUACCAGAAUAUGAAUAUCUCAAUUCUAAAGGAUUAUCAAGAAAGCAUGUUUUUGAUGCCGUUAAAGAUUCAGUUAGAAGAUUGGGUACUUACAUUGAUGUUCUUCAAAUUCACAGAUUAGAUAGAACAACUCCUAUGCAUGAAAUAAUGAAAGCAUUGAAUGAUGUUAUAUUAUCAGGACAAGUAAGAUACAUUGGAGCUUCAUCUAUGAAAGCAGUUGAAUUUGCUCAACUUCAAUUUAUUGCUGAUAAAAAUGGAUGGUUCAAGUUUAUUAGUAUGCAAAACUAUUACAACUUACUUUACCGUGAAGAAGAACGUGAAAUGAAUUAUUUCUGUCAAGAAAAUAUCCUUGGUAAGGUUGGUUUGAUUCCAUGGUCACCAAUUGCAAUGGGUGUUUUAGCUAGACCAUUAAAUACGGAAUCUCAAAAUAAUAGAACUGCAAAGACGGAGUCUGGAAUCACUCAUUUAAGAUUGGGAAAUUUAUCAGGCGGAGAUGCAGAAAUUGUCAAGAGAGUUGAAGAAUUGGCCAAGAAACAUGGAGUUAGUAUGGCAAUUAUUUCAACUGCUUGGGUUAUAAGUAAGGGUACUUGUCCAAUUGUUGGUCUCAAUUCUGAAGAAAGAGUAGAAGAAAUUGUAAAAGCUACACUUUUCAAAUUAACACCAGAAGAGAUCAAGUAUUUAGAAGAGCCUUAUGAUGCUAAAGGAUUUACAAUUUUUUAAUUCGUUAUGUAGUGCUAUUUUUCAUUAAUAUAUGUAAGUUUUUGACUUCUAAGCAUUGAUCUUUAACGAAUUUUUAGUAAUGGAUUGGUAAACAAUUCGUAUCAUUGAGCCACUAACAGCACUCCGUAUCAUUGAGCUACUAACAGCACUCCGUAUCCUUUU